AUGUUUUCGAGAACAUUUUUAAAACGAAGCACCUUCAUUCUUAAUUCAGUCAAGUAUGUUACAAAAGCUCCAAAACCGGAAAUACCAAAAAAUCCUUUGACAUCAGUUUAUUCUGCAAAUAACCAAAAAGCGAAUGGCACAGUAUAUGAUAGAAAACCUUUUAAAAUGUCCCUUCAAGCAGGAAAGACUUACUCCUGGUGCCUUUGUGGCAAAUCUAAAUCACAGCCACUGUGUGAUGGAACCCAUAAAGAUAUAUAUCUUAAAAUAUCACAGAAACCUAUUAGGUUUACUGUAGAAGAAACCAAGGAGUACUGGUUGUGUAAUUGCAAGCAAACUAAAAAUAGACCCUUCUGUGAUGGAACUCACAAACAGAAAGAAAUACAGGAAGCCACUACUAUCAGAGUGUGA